UGCUGGAGUGAGGUGUGGUGAUGAACUGUGGUGUCACAGAUGAGCUUUUUUGUCGAACAUCGAUCUCUUUUCAGUUAGUAUUUUUAUUUCCAAUAUUUUUACAUUCGUUACCGGCUUUACACAGCCAUAAACAGCCGCUUAAAUAAAGACUGACUGUGAAACCCUCAAGCGUCUCGUGUCAACUUGUGGAGUCCAGAUCCGAAACCACGCAGAGGAAAUGGCACCAGCCUUAACUAAAACAACAAAAAGUGGGAUCCACUUGUCAUCUUCUCUUUUGACUGAUAGUAUGGGUCCAGACACUCCGGUUCCUGGGAUCGACAUAGAUCCUCAAAUGAAAUUGCUGGAGGACAGUUACAGUCAGAGGAUGUGGUUGGAUUUAUCCUCAUUGCCCUUUCUGGACACUUGCGGCUCGAAAAAUCCUCUGGAGUAUCCAGAUGUGCUGCUGCAGCCUUUGCUGCAAGGCUCGGGGUAUUAUAAAACAGUGCUGCUGUCCAACCCUCGAGCCGUGGUCGGCCACCUAGCAAUCAACAAAACGAAAAAGUCUCUGGUGGCUCAAGGCGACAUAUUGUUGCCCCCCUUGCCUGAUUUUAGCAGCACAAGGAAUGCUCCCGCUGGCUUGAAGCUGCGUCAGCUCAGCAGUUCUGUUCCAGAGUCCCUUGGCAUUUGUAAUUCUCCCUCACUGAUUCAGGGUAACCCAGGAGACCACUCACCCCAGAGUAGUGCUGCUGCUUCUGCAAAUCCCACACACAGAAAAUGUGCGGGUGAUAUCAUGGGGGUAGGUCAUCGAGCGCGGCACUGGGGACCUAGGUGCUCUCAGAGACCGCCAGGGUCAGUAUCGGUUGAGCAGGCAGUGAGAGGCCAGACCCUGCGACACCUGUCCGAGCAUGGGAGCUUGGUGGCAAGGACUGAGCGCAUCCAGAGACGACUACAAGCUCUGCUGGGGGAACAUGCAUUCCGACACUGCACCCAGCAGCUGGAAGGACUUAAGGCAAAGUUCCUCCAAAAGGACCUCACGCCCACAACACCCAAACAGCCCACCAGCCCUUCUGCUGCCGGGAGCCCUGCUCCAUCUACAGACUCAAAGUCAAUAUGUGUUCAAGCAGAGGCAGACUCACUGGCCGCGGUUACUAUGAGCAACGAGACUCAGACAGGUGCUGUGUCUACAGAGAGCUCGGUCGACAUCCAGAACUUUGCCCGCUGUGCCAGCGCUGCCCUGCGUGGGGUCCAGUCAGCUCUGGACUCGGAUGCCACAGAGACCAGCUCAGAUGAAGAGUGGGAACCAAAGGCUUCAGGGACCCGCACUCAGUCUGUGCGUGGCAGCUCGGAGUGGCGCUGGCAGGCAGAGCGGGCAGAGCUGGCCAGCCGCUGGACGUGGCUGCAGUUGCGGGUGGCCGAGCUGGAGGGCCACAUCCAGCAGAUGGGAGACCUCCGCCAGCGCAUCCUCCACUCCAAGGGUGGCGUGGUGCUGGCUGAGUCUCAGCCCCUGACGGAUAGGCAGAUCCAGCAGGCUCUGCUGACGGAGACGGCGGGUUUGUCGUUUGCGGCGGGCAGCGCCGGAGAGCUGACCUCUGACCUGGAGAUGGAGCCCAGCAGCCCCACACGCCUCCUCAGGAACAUCGAGCGACAGAGUGCCCAGCUGACGCAGAUUGUGAACAGCCUGAUGCCGCCCCUCAGCCUGUCUCCGUCCUCCUCCCCCAUGUCCAGCUGGAUGGCGGCUGGCCAGCAGAAGAGGCCCUUUGACAGUGGCGGGAUGUUCCAGAUGGGCUCUCAGGGUUUUGACGGCCAGAAGAAGCGGCGGGUGUGCCGCAGGCGGCAGCGGGCGGUCCAGCCUGACCUCACCUGCGUCUCCGCACGCACACGACCCCUCCUGACCUACCACAAGCCCCGCCUUUUCAUCUCCAACCCGCCCUGCUCCAGUGACAAGCAGGAGGAGUCCUUUCCCUCCUCCGCCUGCUCCAGCUGCAGGUCAUGUGAUCCUCUGGCUCUCUGCACGGACCCCCGCUGCCCCGGCAACCCUGCCGACCGCGCCCUGAGGAGCCACCCCGUGCUCUCGCUCCGCUCAGACAUACCGCUGUCCAUCCACCUGCAGAACGGGCUGCAGAGGGAGGACUGGACCCUGAGGCCGCUCACGCUCCAGACCGAGCCGCCCUGCCCGCUCCGCUACCUCAGCUGUGGCCGCAAACAGCCUCGCAACCCAGCCGCCUUCAAUUUCGGUCACAGCGCUCUGCCUCACAGACGGCGGCCCAAGAGGCGAGGCGAGGCGACGGAGGUGCGGUGGGAGCCCGGGGUCCGCGGGCCGCCCAGACAGAACCGUCAGAGGAGGCGCAGACGCAGGAAGAGGCUUGACCACGACAGCUCACUGGAUGAGGUGGAGCUGCUGUCCUGCUUCGCGGUGCCCCCCAGCCCAGAGGAGAGUGCGGAGGAGGCGCUGACCCCCCACCCCCAUCACACUCGCCACAGGAGCUCCCAGUUUAUCCGCAGGAGGAAUGGAGAGAGUGUGUUCAACAUUAACAACAUCGUGAUCCCCAUGUCCCUGGCUGCACCCAUCAAGGUGGAGAAACUGCAGUACAAGGACAUCCUGACCCCCAGCUGGAGAGUGGUGGAGACUGAGCAGCUGCUGAAGGAGCAGGAAGAGGAGCAGGAGAGAGUGGAGGAGGAAGAUGAUGAGACGGAGAGCCUGUCAGACGAGCUGUUUGCCCGGAGGCACCAGAGCUACGAGCGCAGGGAGAAGCUGCGCUGGACCACCUGGGAGAAGAACAGGAAGCACAGACGCAGCAGGUCCUCGUGUGCUGGCCACUCCACCCCGAGUGCUGAUGGCUCCAGCAGGGACUCAGGUGUGCGCACCCACCCCCAGCCCCAGCCCCACCCCCACCCCCACCCUGACUGGGGCUGCUGGGGAACAGGAGACUCGGACGGGGAGCUGGAGGAGAAGCUGCCUCAAGUCCCGUGGGAGACGCGUGCCUUCCCGCUGAGUGUGGAGGAAGAGGAGGCCCUGAGGUCUGAUGGGGAGGAGGAGGAGGAGGAGGAGGAGCCCUUGGCUGCGGCGUGGUCAGAGGGGGAGCGUAGCGACUCCAGUGGCAUGUACAGCGGCUCGGAGAUGGCUGGCCCCACAGUGCCCUCCAGUGGCCGCAGGAGGAAGCGCACGUGGAAGACUCCCAGACUCCACAGCUGACGUCUGAGGUGGCCAUGCCAGCACAGAGCCAGCAGCCCAGACGUCACAUGAGCCUGCAGGAAGUGUCAUCACACCCAGGAAGUGUCAACGGGCUACUGACUGAUACCUGUGAACAGGGCCUACUAUGUUGAAGAGGGAUCAGGCCAGACCACAGCUUUAGACACAGCUGGACCAACCCUAAGUGGCUAAGAAGCCGGAUCUGGAAAGCCAUGUGACUUAAUCAGGCCAUAGUGUGUUGCUAUGCAGCACUUGUGUUUUUAUUGUCAUCCGUCUUUCAAAGUACACUCUCUUGUUUGGCCACGUGACCGUUUGGGAGACAGAUGUGACAUGAUUGUCCAUCUCCAAGUACAUUUUUUUAUUGAAUCUUUUUUUUCCAAACCUCACAUAUUUAUUCCAACAAGUUUUUGUAUGGUUUGUUUCAUUUGUUUUGUUUAUGUGGCCCUACCAACACUUCAAAAUAGAGGAAUUUGGAUUAUUGUAUAUAGAGAAAAAAGUUCAGAAACUGGACUCUACAAGUUCACUGUUAACACUUUAUUUUAAAAAGUUAUAUCAGUAUAAAAUCGCAGUGUUAUGGGUUAAACUGUGAAGUAUUUAUUUAUUUAUAUGUAUAACAAGUGAGUGUGUGUGCACACAUGUAUUGGUGUGCAGGUUCAUGGACCAUUUGUAAAACAGAAUAGUAUCUAAACAUGAAUAUGCAUUAGAUACCAAAAAAGCAAAAAUUCCGUUUGAAUGUUUUGAAGCAAUGUUCUGUAGGUGGUGUUCUGUCAUGUACACAGUCUUCAGUGUGUCACUGUAACAUGGUUAAUGUCAGUAUGUUUGAAGUAAAUACUGA